ACGUUGCUUAAUUUUUAACCAAUCGUCACAAAGAAUUAGUCACACUGCUUCGCAACAGCUUUGUAUAAAUUGCAUUAAUCUUAGUCUUCACAACGUAGAAGGUCAAUUUGUGAAAAAAGUAUAUUUAUCGUUCCCCUUUUCAGUUCACUACGCUAAACAUGGCAAAAAGCAAGAAUCAUAGCGAUCAUGUUUUGCCUGCUGUAAAUGCAUAUUCGAAUGUGCGGCUCAAAGGUACCGGCGUCUUAAAAUAAUAAAUCGGUUUCAAUUUCUCGUCGACACUAUUGCUGCAAGGAAGGUGCUUUCCUCCAAAAAGCAUAGAGAAAACAGUAGGGAAAACCUGUGCGCACAAUUUUUCUUCCACGCUCGGAAAAGCCGUGUGGUGUGGCACACGGACGUUAUGGUAAAGUGGACAAACUUCUGCACACAUACAAAAACAUCCGCGUUCGGUUCACACUAGGAAAGUGGGAACAUGCAGCACCGCCGUGUGUCCCCCCCGUGUGCUGUUCUUCAGCUUCACCCCAUCCCGCAAACACACCAGCUCGAAACAGAGUUCGGACUUUAACGUCGCACGGUGGUACACGAUAGACACGGUAGAGCAUAAACCUUCCGCUCGCUCUACCGCAGCAAAACAACGACUUCACCCUACGUUGAUGACGAUGGCAUUGCGCUCGGCAUAUUCACCCGCAGGGGCACGGUAGCACUUUAUCGGCAAACGUCACUUGCGUGGUGACCGUGCACGAAGCAACAUCGCCGUCGUCGAUGGUUCCCACAUUCCGUCGAACCUUAUCCGGCUUCAGAAUAGAAAAAGUGUACCUACACCGUCUCACAUUCCGAUGAAGAGUUCGAAUCGCACUCAGGAACUGUGAAUCCGUGACCAACCCAGUGCUUCAUUACGUCUUGUUGAGUGUUGUAAAAGAAAGUGUUUAGUUUUUAGAUCUCCUGUCAAGAACGAAAGAUUGCCCUUGCAGCGUAAGAUUUGUAUUUAGUUCAGUUAUGUUUCGUUCUUUUCCCCUGUAAGUAAAUGUCCACAAAACCACCCCGCCCCGAUCAGUAUUGUGGAGGGUGUUCUAUAAACGACGGACAGCAUCUUAAGUGCUAUUAGACCGUAAAAGCGUAGUGAAACAAUUUUCUCCAUCCGCCUGUAAGAAGUGAAAACAAAAUUAGAACGAGUAACGAGCAAGGACGCGCCGCUCUAUAUAUAAAUCCCUGACGACCCGAUACACAAUGAAACACAGAUUGAUCAGGGAUUAUUUAGUCCCGAUGGUGCUGCUGACGGUUCUGCUGUGGACGAGUCUCUCGGAAGUGCACGCAACGAAUGAGGAAGACGUCGCUAAAGAUGGAGAAGAUAUAUAUGACGACGAGUAUGACGAUACUUACGACGAGGAGAGCGAAAUCAGUGGACCCCUACCAAUCGGGACGGAUCAUUCACGGCAUGAAGGUGGUGACAGUGAUAAAUCGAGAGCAUCAUCCUCCGCGACAUCGUCGUCUGGCACGACGAAAGCGACGUCCACCACUGGCAGUCCUUCGGUGGUCAUUUUUGGUGAUGCGGACGAUCAUUCAACGGAACAGGAAGAGUAUGCGUGCCCGAGUGCAUGCAGCUGUUUCGAAGGGAUGAAGUACAUCAACUGUUCCCACCGUUCCCUGAUAGACAUCCCUUCUAUUAUGCCCUAUGUUGUGAAUCAGUUAGAUCUAAGCCACAACAACCUGAAGCGUCUAAAUGUGGAAGCGUUCCAGAAUAUUACGGGAUUGCAAGAACUCCUCCUAGCAGGCAACGCGAUCGAACAGUUUGACAAGGAACUUCUACUUAAGUUGGACAACCUGCAGCUGCUAGAUCUUUCCUCCAAUCAGCUAUCUAAUUUGGAUAGUGAUUGUUUUAGUGAGGCAAGCAAAUCGCUGCGCCGAUUGCACCUAAGCGACAACCCCAUCGUUCUACCCGAUAAUGGUCCGUUUUUGGAGCAACCGGAGCUGGAACAACUAUACUUGGUGAAUUGCAAUCUCACUGAGCUGCCGGAAGAAACGUUCAAAGAAAUGGGAGGGCUCGAACGGCUCGAUCUCUUCGGCAAUCAGUUCGAUGAGGAUAUGAGCGUAGAUACGUUCGAACCGUUGAAGAAUCUGAUACACUUGAGAUUACCACCACUGUCGGAAAAUACUGUUCGAGAGCUGUGCGAAAAACUUGAAAGGAUAGAUGUAAUUGACAUAACAACACACAACAUCAGUUGCUUCUAUCUGGCAUCAGAAUCUUCCUUCGAGGAUAGUAUCAUAGUGGAUAUACCAAAAACUCCCGAACCCGUAUUUACGAUAAAAGAACCAACCACACCCCGACCGACACGCAAGGCACAGAAAAAUCUGAAUGAAAUUAUGCAGGACUACAAAUCGUCAACCUCCAAGCUGGAAUCAUCUGAUCUCGCCCUACAGACAACCACGAUUCGCCCAAUGAAUCAGAAAGGUGCUAGCAGUUCAUCCUCACAAUCCGGGUCUCCUGCAUCCGCAUCCAUUACGCACACUGGCAAUUCGCCAGCAGUGGAUGAUGGUGAUGUGAUCAAAAAAUCUUCCACCGGUUCCGAACACCAUACCGAUAGCGAACAGUCACUGCUUUCAUCGAUAACGCCCGAAACGAUGAAACAGCUCCUGAUGGCAAUCAUUGGCGUAACUGUGUUGGGAUUAAUCAUCGGUCUAAUCUGUCGGCGAACCGGCAUAAAGAACAAACUUUGUGGCACGAAACGACGCCCGGCACCGACCGAUCAAGUACGACCGGCCGAGGAAGUCCCGCUCAAUAAGGUCUAAGAGCAAUGUUGUGCCGGUGAUCUUGUGUAGGUUUGACCAAUGAAAAACAAAAACCACUUGAGAAAGGGGAUCAAUUGGGAAACGGGGUAUUCGAUACACGACAUUCACGAGAACGGAAGGUGAAUGCGUGAAUGUGCCAUGAAUUGAAUUCGGCUAGAAUUUCUCCCGUCGGCAGUAGUAUGAUCGUGCAUGUGAUAUUACUUACAAAGUAUUAGGUAACAUCGUCUUCAAUAAGCUGUCGGUAAAGUUGGGGUCGGUCGUACGUUCCAGAAUGUGCUCCAUUAGCUGCAUAUAUCAAUAGAGAUCGUUGUCAUGUUUUGUUUUGUAAAUAUUUCAUCGUUUCAAACGUCACGACAGAAUGGCAUGAAACGCCCAGAAAGGAAAACCUCGACAACAAUUAUUGCCACAAACUAGACGCGUUAUAUAUCUUAGACUGCCAGGAGCUAUCACACCUAUCGCUUUCGUUUUCCUUCCGAUGGACAGUUUAGCUACAGCGAGUGAUAUUUGUAACAGUAGGACGAAAAGUAUCUUGCAAUAAAUUUCAUACUUUUUUCCUACCUUCAGCAGUGUGUGGUUUUCAAACACACCACGAUCGAGCGCGUUUGUGAUCGAACAGUCAAGAAUGAAAAAGUCUACAAUUACUAAGUAAAACCAAAUAGUGGCACAUACUAGUGUGUAAAAGUAGUUUAGAAACUCGUGUAGUAAUGAUAAAAUUUGCUUAGACACGCAAGCAAAAUCUUCAAUCAAUUUAACGGUCGAGUCUGCGCAUUUUUGUUUUUUUUUUGUUAAUUAAAGAAGUUAGAUACAUUUUUUUGUUGUUUACAACCAGGACCUUUUGAUAGUAGAACAGAAUAACGAGCAACAAAUUAGUGCUUAUCUAUGUAUUCUUGAACUGAUAUUUUCCCAAAAAAAAGCAAUUAAUUUCGUUCGAAGAAAUAUAACAAUCCAUUACGGUAGUAGUAAUAUUUGGGGUAGAACGAUUAUAUAGACAUACAUAUUAUUGGCUUGUGGAGCAUUUAGGCAAAAACUUACUCUAAUGAUAUAUAAGUUUUCCUUCGAAUCUGUUAGCGCAGUUUAACAGACAUAUGUAGUUCGGUUGUAUUAGCAUAGUGAAAGAUGGUGCACUGUGGACAUUCUAAUUACACCAAUGCAAGAGUACGGAAAUGGUUCUUUGUAGGGGAAAAUAAAUGCACCGCUAAAAUGAAAA